AUGUCGUGUGGAACCGGUAGUGAACAACAUCGUAAUCGUGGAGAACAUCGAUGGAAAUCUAUUCGUGAUUCUCAAUUAUAUUGUCGCCGCGGGUCAGUACAAUUAUGGCAAUUUCUAUUAGCAUUACUUGAUGAUGGUCUUAAUGGUACAAUUAUUAUUUGGACAGGAAAAGGUCUAGAAUUUAAAUUAGUUGAACCCGAAGAAGUAGCACGUUUAUGGGGUGUACAAAAAAAUCGUCCAUCAAUGAAUUAUGACAAAUUAUCUCGAUCACUUCGUUAUUAUUAUGAAAAAGGUAUUAUGCAAAAAGUUGCUGGUGAACGUUAUGUUUAUCGUUUUGUAUGUGAUCCUCAAACACUUUAUCCAUUUAUAACACGAAAUGGACAUAUAACAAAAGGUACACCAAAUACACCAUUAAUAUCACCAAAAGUUCCAAUAUCAACAAAUAAAUCAUCCUCCUCAUCAUCAAAUUCAGCUUUUUCAUCUUCAUCAACCAAUAAAAUAAAACCACAAAUAAGAUCUGAUGAGAAUUAUGUACCUUUCUAUCCGUCAACAUUUUAUCCCAAUACAUUUCCAAGUUCAUUUUCACCCUAUGCAACACCAUCAUCGUCAUCAUCAACAACCAAUCUUUAUCCGACAAAUGAUACAAAAUUAAAUGCAAAUAAUCCUUAUUGGGCAAGACAUUCAUUUUAUAAUACAUCAAAUCAUUAUACAUUUCCAUCAUUUGAUCCCAAUGGUAUGAUAUCAUCAACACCACCCCAAACUGUUCCACAUGAAACAAUUGAUAAUUUAUCAUCUUAUUUUACCUAUAAUCCAACAAAUGGUAUUAAUAAAUUAUCAACGAUUCAUAAUGAUUGUUCAACAAAUUAUGACUUUUAUUCAUAA